AUGCAGAGCAACCCUGUUAGUGCUCAACAACCGAACGCUACAGCUGGCGAGAGCAUCCCUACUUUCAAGAUCGUCCUUGUUGGAGAUGGCGGCACUGGUAAAACAACUUUUGUGAAGCGGCACUUGACGGGCGAGUUUGAGCGGCGGUAUAUAGCAACGCUUGGUGUUGAGGUUCAUCCUUUGAAGUUCUACACAAACAGAGGCCCGAUCUUGUUCAACGUUUGGGACACUGCGGGUCAAGAAAAGUUUGGAGGUCUGAGGGAUGGGUACUACAUCCAAGGCCAAGGUGCCAUAAUCAUGUUCGACGUGACGUCGAGAAUCACGUACAAGAACGUGGCGAACUGGCAUCGUGAUUUGGUACGCGUAUGCGACAAUAUACCAAUCGUGCUGGUAGGAAACAAAGUAGAUGUCAAGGAUCGGAAAGUGAAAGCGAAGCAGAUCAACUUUCAUCGGAAAAAGAAUCUUAUGUACGUGGAUAUAUCGGCAAAGAGCAAUUACAACGUUGAAAAACCGUUCCUAUGGCUUGCUCGAAAACUAACAGGAGACCCGAAUCUUGUCUUUGUUGAGGCGCCAGCCCUUGCUCCGGCCGAGAUCCAGAUAGAUGAGGAAUACAAACGACAAAUGGAGGAGGAGCUCCAACAAGCGCAAGCGGUGCCGCUUCCUGAUGAGGAUGACGAGGAAAUGUGA